UGUGAUCGUUGUCAUGUGCGGCACGGCAAGGAGCAGUGUUGUGUUUGUAACCUGUGCCGUCGUUUGUGGCUGACAGUGCAUAAGAUUAGUAAAGCAGAUUUUUGUGUAAUGAAUAUGGCAUCACAAGACGUAAAUAUACUUGCCGAAAUGGGAUUUCCAAGAAGUAAAGCAGAAAGAGCUUUGGAAGUUACUGGCAACCAGGGAGUAGAACCUGCAAUGGAAUGGUUAUUAGCACAUGCAGAUGAAUCAUUACCAACCGAUCCUUCCGUGUCUUCUGAAGCUGUAAAUAGUGCGCUGUCGCAAAGUACAGUGGAGCAAGACAAGCAAGAAGGUGGCAGUGAUGAAGUAACAAAGGAUGAGACAGAAGAGCCAAAAGAAGCAACUGCUAAUACUGUAGCAAAAUCACUGAAGUGCAAUGAGUGUUCUCGGUUGUUCAUAUCACCAUUGGAGAUUGAAUUCCAUGCAGCAAAAACUGGUCAUAAUAGUUUUUUUGAGAGCGAUGAAGAGAAAAGACCUCUGACAGAAGAGGAGAAGAAGGAGCAGGUCAAAAGACUCGAAGAGAAAAUGAGGCAGAAGCGACAGGAACGAGAAGAAGCUGAGAAGAGAGAAGCUCUAGAAAAAGAGAAACUACGGAUACGACAUGGAAAGGAGAUGGUGGCUGCUAAGAAAAAGCUAGGGGAAGAUGAAAUGAAGAAACUGGUAGAACAGCACAAAUGGGAGAAGAUGGAAGAGAAGAUGGCUCGGCAGAGGGUGAAGGAACAGAUUGAGCAAGAUAAAAUAGCGAGACGAGCCAAGUUUGGUAUUGCUGCACCAACAGGUGGCACACAACAGAUGCCAGUGACAGCAGUGGAACUGACACCACAGCAGGCAUCUCUUGUCCAACAGCCUACUAAAGAUUACUCUCAAACUCGGCUGCAGAUCAGGUUGACAAAUGGUCAGGCUCUGACACAGACAUUUGGAUCCAAGGAGCAGCUGUCUGCUGUUAGGUUGUAUGUCGAAAUGAACCGAACGGAUGGAAGUGGUCCUUUCUGUCUUAUGACCAACUUCCCUAAAAAGGUCUUCUCUGAUGAUGACUAUGAGAAGCCUCUUGAUUUAUUAGGACUGGUGCCUUCAGCAGUUGUGAUAGUUUCCCGGACCCAAUAGUACAAACGUAAGCAACUUGGUCUGCAUCUCAGACUGUUGAGCUAAAAUAAAUUAGCUGCAUACUUAAGUUACUGUCUACAUUAUAAUUUUGUAAAACUUUAAUUAGUCAUGGGAUAAAGGAUAAAAUACUUGCACUGUGUAUUACUCAUGUAUCUUAUUAAAUUAUUACUAGUGGUUAGAAAUAAUAGAUAUAAACUUAAUCAUUAAUAUUUACCUUACUCCAGUUUUCUUUAACUUUAGUAGUUGUAUUCUACCAAAUAUAAGUUAAACGCUUUUUUUUUUGCAAAAACCAUUCUCAUUAUCACGUCAAUUGUACAUAGAUAAUCUUUAAUACUUCCAGUAAAUCGGUAUAUUAAUUGUUUGAAGAAGAGAUGAAUCGAAAUGAAUGAUAACUUCUCAUUAACUUGGUAAUUUCUUGUCAUAUAUGCACAUACUGUAUGUGUAGGAGGAGAAAUGCUAUAUUGUCAUCGAUAAAAAAUUUCUUGUCGGUGUACUCUUUAAUUUAUUCCCAUUAUUUUACUGUCUUCUUAGCAAGGCAGGCUGAAUCAAAAGACUUUUAUCUUCUAGAAUGUAAUCCUGCAAAAGCUUUGGUUAACUUAUAUUCAGCACAAUAUUGGGAAACUAUUAGCAAGUUUGGAUGAUUUUUAAAGUGUCACCCACUGAAGAAAUUGUAUGAUUCGCAAAGCUUCCAACAGCCAGGAAUGCUGCAAAUAUGCUGGAGUUGUGAUAGUGUAGAAUGGCUUACUGUACUCAGGAGGAAGCAUGCUGGGAUAUAUUAUUGUUUUCUGUAAAGGACAAUUUGUUUGUAUGCCAGUUGUUGGAUCUGAUGGUCCCUUAAUUCCAUCACAAUCAGUCAGAGUCAGAUUCUUGUCGAAACAGAUUCUGAUUUCAAAGAGGUAUGUCUUCUUUGUUUUCUGUGAAAUAUAAACUGAAAUUAACAUUGUUGAUACAUAAAUAUAUGUGCAAGAUGGAUCCAGGGGUGAUCUGAAAUGUUUGCAACUUUUGUAAAGGUAAUAACUAUACCGAGUGGAAAAUUAUUUUUAAUCUCAUGACAGUAAAGAUGAACCAUAACAGAAGUUAUCCAGACUAUUCAGACAAUUACGGGGCAUAUUAAUCUUACACGACACAAAUACUGCUCAAGAAGUAGGAAUCUCGCAGAGAACCGUUCACUGAGAAUAAAUUACCCAGUACCUGGCCGGAUUCGAGGAAUAUUGUAAGAGUUGAAGAUGCAUUUGAGGCCAAUAUGUAGAUGUGAUGGCAGUACUAAAUUCUCUUUAAGAAAUAUAUUCCAAAAUGAGAAACAAUCAAAAUGGCUCGAGAUAGGAUCCAGUGCUAGUACUUGUAUGAUGAAAAUGUACCUUUUGGCUUAAUUUUUUCAGGGACUAUUCCAUAUGGGCUCUCUUAGCAGUAGGACAAAGAUUUUAUUUACAGAAAGCAGUCAUUGGUGUUUGAUGCUUGAUAUAUCUACAACACAGUGGAUGAUGAUCUAUUUUCAUAUGUGAAAUAUGAUGCAUUAAUUGUGUUGAUGGUACUCCAAUCCUUUUUAUUUACUAUCUACACAACAGGAUGCAGCAAUUUAAGAUUAGGAAAAUAUUAUUGCCACACUAAUCACACUACGGGUCUCAGACUGAAUGAAGUCAGGAAUUAUUUGUCUUUGUAUUUUGUUAAAUAUUGCACAUUUCAGAAAAUGUUUAAAAUAAAAAAGUUGCAAAUGUUAAUCAGAUCUGUAUUUUAUGUCUUGUAUGUAUGGUGAGCUGUGUUUUUGAUAAAUUUGAUAGUUCAGUUUGGACCCAAUGUAAGAAGGGGUUCAUUGACUUGUGUUGCUGCAUGUUGACAAAACUGUUAUCAAUAGCCAUUCUGUCUUAGUGGACUGCAAGAAUAUCGAUGCUCAUGCAAAGGGUCUGUAUAUCAAAAAAAAAUUAAAUUUGCUUGGAAAAUUA